AUGACAGGGCUUAGAGCGUCGGCUGAAGGUCGCGUGCAGGGCUUCACCGGAGGAACCCUUCUAAGAGGCAUGGUGGAUACUUUGGGCAUGGCUCAUACUGUCUGGCAGGGUAGUUUUGUAAGGAGUACUUCCCUCACUAAGUCCAAGGUUGACCCAGGUUGGUCAUCCUUGGUUGUCAACCCAAGCUCUGGGUCACUUCCAGCCAUACAACGCUUAAAACAGCGAAAAGAGGGAGCUCGUGUGGCUGGACAGUACGAUGAAGAGAUGCAGGAAAUACAGAAUCAAUCUGAGGAAAAUAGGAUCGCUUGGAAAACUGCAAAUAAAGAAGUUAAAAGGGCAGUAGCACAAGCAAAAGAAAUUGCAACGGACAAGCUCUAUGAGAACUUAGAGACAGCUGAAGGCCAAAAGAGAAUACACAAGAUAGCAAAAAUCAGAGAAAAAUCAUCAAAGGAUCUAACACAUAUCAUACAGAUCAAGGACAAAAAUGGAAGAGUUUUAUCAAAAGAGGAAAGCAUAAUAGCUAGAUGGAAGGAGUACUCUGAAGAGUUACUAAAUGAAGAAAACCCCAGAACAAUAAUAAGAGAUGGAAACCCUCACGAAAGAAUAGUCCAGGUUAUCAGCAGUGAAGAGGUUAAGAAGGCACUGGCUAAAAUGAAGAAGGGGAAAGCUGUGGGACCUGAUGGAAUACCAGCGGAAGAGUGGAAGUGUUUAGGAGAAGAAGGCAUAGACAUCCUGUGGGAUUUAAUGACCAAGAUAUAUUGCCAAGAAAGAAUGCCAGACAUGUGGAGAAAUAGUCUAAUGGUCCCAAUCUACAAAGGGAAGGGUGAUGUGCAGGAUUGUGGGAACUACAGAGGAAUUACACUGAUAUCACAUACAAUGAAAAUAUAUGAGAGGAUUAUGGAAGGAAGAUUGAGAAUUGAAAACACAAUUUGUGAAGAACAAUUUGGUUUUAUGCCAGGAAAGAGCACAGUUGAUGCAAUAUUUGCACUAAGGCAGGCAGUAGAAGAAAUAUAG